AAAGGGCCCGCGGACGGCGCGCCGCGGCCAUUUCUGCUGCACCCGCUGUAAAUGUAGUUUUUCUGCAGUUCGUCUUUCCCUCCUCCCCUCUCGCAGGGUCCGCGGCCACCAUGGCGUAUUAGAGGCAGUAGUGCCUGCGGCAGCGUUGGCCUUUGCAGCGGCGGCAGCAGCACCAGGCUCUGCAGCGGCAACCCCCAGCGGCUUAAGCCAUGGCGCUUCUCACAGCAUCCAGCAGCAGUAUUGCUGUAACCAACAAAGACACCUUCGAAUUAAGUACAUUCCUGGAUUUCAGCAAAGCCCCACAACAUGACCGAGAUGAGCUUCCUGAGCAGCGAGGUGUUGGCGGGGGACUUGAUGUCCCCCUUCGACCAGUCGGGUUUGGGGGCUGAAGAAAGCCUAGAUCUCUUAGAUGAUUACCUGGAGGUGGCCAAGCACUUCAAACCUCAUGGGUUCUCCAGUGACAAGGCUAAGGCGGGCUCCUCCGAAUGGCUGGCUGUGGAUGGGUUGGUCAGUGCCUCCAACAAUGGCAAGGAGGAUGCCUUCUCUGGGACAGAUUGGAUGUUGGAGAAAAUGGAUCUGAAGGAGUUUGACUUUGAUGCCCUGUUGGGUAUGGAUGACCUGGAAACCAUGCCAGAUGAGCUUUUGGCCACUUUGGAUGACACGUGUGAUCUCUUUGCCCCCCUAGUCCAGGAGACUAAUAAGGAGCCCCCCCAGACAGUGAACCCAAUUGGCCAUCUCCCAGAAAGUUUAACAAAAACCGAUCAGGUUGCCCCCUUCACCUUCUUGCAACCUCUUCCCUUAUCCCCAGGGGUUCUGUCCCCUACUCCAGAUCAUUCCUUUAGUUUAGAGCUGGGCAGCGAAGUGGAUAUCUCUGAAGGAGAUAGAAAGCCAGACUCUACUGCUUACAUUACCAUAAUUCCUCAGUGUGUAAAGGAGGAAGACACCCCCUCAGAUAAUGACAGUGGCAUCUGUAUGAGCCCAGAGUCCUAUCUGGGCUCUCCCCAGCAUAGCCCCUCUACCUCCAGGGGCUCUCCAAAUAGGAGCCUGCCAUCUCCAGGUGUCCUCUGUGGCUCUGUCCGCCCUAAACCUUAUGAUCCUCCUGGAGAGAAAAUAGUAACAACAAAAGUAAAGGGUGAGAAGCUAGAUAAGAAGCUGAAAAAAAUGGAACAAAACAAGACUGCAGCCACUAGGUACCGCCAGAAGAAGAGAGCAGAGCAGGAAGCCCUUGCUGGUGAAUGCAAAGAGCUGGAAAAGAAGAACGAGGCUCUGAAAGAGAAGGCAGAUUCCCUGGCCAAGGAGAUCCAGUACCUGAAAGAUUUGAUUGAAGAGGUCCGCAAAGCGAGGGGGAAGAAAAGGGUCCCCUAGUUAGGGCAGUCAGGAGUGUUGUGUGCUUGUACAUAGUCUCCAGUGCUGAAGCUGUGUGUUACAAUAAAUUAUUUUGUAGUGGAA